UCCUGGCAGUUUUUAAACCCUGGUUCUCAAACCUGAAUACCUAGGAUUAUAGACAUAAGCCACCAGCACCCAGCUUCAAGGAACACUUUCCGUUUACUUAGGUGAGCGGAAUGGAAUGGAUCAUAAGCACACAGGCAGAGUGUUUGCAAUGCUAAGUUCACCAUUUUGUGAACAACAUAAGAUAGACAACAUAUGCACAAAGAAAUUACUCAGGGAAAGUGGAUUUCAGGAGAGCUCCUUUAUGUACUUCUUUUGUCAGUUCUCCUGGAUUUUACAAGGCUCCAGGUGAUGAGAGUUCAUUCAUAUUUUUUUAUGCUGUGUGUGUGUUUGUUUGUGUCUAUGUCUAUGUCUGUGUGGGAACUGCUGUAUGUUAGAUACCUUUGACAUUCUUUGGAAAUGGACUCAUGGUAUAUCCCAGGUUGGCCACUUACCUCUUGCUUUAGAUUUUUGAAUGCUAGGAUUACAGAUGUCUGCCAAUAAUCCUUUUGUUGUCUGUUGUAACACUUUUGUUGUCUGUUGAAUUUUGUAAUUUAGACUAAUCCUUUGGUCACAGAGGAAUUAAUUUUUUUUUUCUUCUGGUAGGGAACAACUUUAGCCACUUUAACCAUUUACAGUAUCGUUGGUGACCACUCGAGUCCCUGGUCACAUUCAUAAAUGACGCUGUUUUACUAUAUUACCAAAUAUUAAUUGUGCGGUAUAGGGAGAUUUCAUUGUGGUAUUUCCAGACAUGCAUAAACUUCGUAUUUACUUCUCUCCAUUGCACUUUUUCCCCCCACUUGUCCUAGGGCUUGAACUCCAGGUCUGGGUGCUGUUCCUGAGCUUUUUCGCUCAAGGCUGCUGCUCUACCACUUGAGCCACAAAUGAGCCGUCAGACUGCCACAGCAUUACCUACUGGUACCUCCAAGUGUCCACCAUCGCAGAGGGUGCCUGCCCUGACUGGCACAACUGCAUCCAACAAUGACUUGGCGAGUCUUUUCGAGUGUCCGGUUUGCUUUGACUAUGUGUUACCACCCAUUCUUCAGUGUCAGAGUGGCCAUCUUGUUUGUAGCAACUGUCGCCCCAAACUCACAUGUUGUCCAACUUGUCGGGGGCCGUUGGGAUCCAUUCGCAACUUGGCGAUGGAGAAGGUGGCCAAUUCAGUACUUUUCCCUUGUAAAUAUGCCUCUUCUGGAUGUGAAAUAACUCUGCCACACACAGAGAAAGCUGAUCACGAGGAGCUCUGUGAGUUUCGGCCUUAUUCCUGCCCAUGCCCUGGUGCUUCCUGUAAAUGGCAAGGCUCCUUGGAUGCCGUGAUGCCACAUCUGAUGCAUCAACACAAGUCCAUUACAACCCUACAAGGAGAGGAUAUAGUUUUCCUUGCUACAGACAUUAACCUUCCUGGUGCUGUUGACUGGGUGAUGAUGCAGUCCUGUUUUGGCUUUCACUUCAUGUUAGUCUUGGAGAAACAGGAAAAAUAUGAUGGUCACCAGCAGUUCUUCGCAAUCGUACAGCUGAUAGGAACACGCAAGCAAGCUGAAAAUUUUGCUUAUCGACUUGAGCUAAAUGGUCAUAGGCGGCGAUUGACUUGGGAAGCGACUCCUCGGUCUAUUCAUGAGGGAAUUGCAACAGCCAUUAUGAAUAGUGACUGCCUAGUCUUUGACACCAGCAUUGCACAGCUUUUUGCAGAAAAUGGUAAUUUAGGCAUCAAUGUAACUAUUUCCAUGUGUUGAAUUGGCAAUCAUUUUCUGGCCAGUGUUCACAGAGAAUAAGGCACCCAUCUGCCUGCUAACCUGAUACUCUUGGUAGGUAGAAGGUCUUCACAUGAAGGUAACUAAGAAGAAAGGCUGUUAAAUACAGGAAACAGUUGCAUGUAGUAACACUAAUAUAUUUAAAAAUAAGUCAACAGUAAACCACUGAAAAAAUAUAUAUACACACCCAAGAUGGGCAUCUUUUGUAUUAAGAAAGGAAGCAUUGUAAAAUAAUUCUGGAUUUUGUGUUUGUUGUAGAUUGAUUAUAUUGUUGAAAAAAAAUUUUUGCGCGCAUGAGAGAGAGAGAGAGAGAGAGUGUGUGUGUGUGUGUUUCCUUUAACUGACAAGCCAUCUGAGUGGUCUCAGACCACUGCUAUCCCCCCUUUGUAAGUCAAUACAUAGUGCUGCUGUGUUUUGUUUUGAUGUGUGUGUAUAUUUGCUAGUUUUUAUUCUAGUUUUUCAUUAAAUAAAUUUGACUUCUGU